UUUUGAAGCGUAUGCCGCUCUAGCCAAUCACUUAUAAAAAUGCAAUCUCACAGUACAGUGUUUAUCUUCGGUAUAAUUCUUCUACCAUUCGUUGCACUUGCCUCCCCAGAUGAACUAUCAAAUCCAAGGGAUCAAGAAUGCGUUCAAAUUUCAAAAGUAGUUACAGUGGAACAGGUCACUGAACCAGUACAGCAUGCAGAAGGGCCUCACUGGAGUUAUCAAUCCCAAACAUUGAUCUUUGUUGAUAUUCAUGCACAGAGGAUUUAUCACUUGAACACAGUAACAGGAAAAUUGACAUUUGCUUAUAUAGCCAAUGGUCCAGUCGGAUUUGCAAUUCCCGUUGAAUCUUCGCCGGACCAAUUCAUAGCAGGAUCUGGAACGGAUCUUGUGCUUGUUACAUGGGAUUCUGAAACUAAUUCAUCCAAUCCUGAAAUUGAACUUUUGUUCACCGUCGAUCGUGAUCGCAAUGGAACUCGUUUCAAUGAUGCAAAAUGCGACUCACAUGGCCGCCUAUGGGCUGGAACUAUGGGACUAGAAAGUUCAGCUGGUGAUAUUGUGCUUCAUCAAGCAUCGUUGUAUCGGAUAACGUCUGAUUUAGUUCCUGAGAGAGUCAUCGUACCAGUGAGCCUCAGUAAUGGUCUAACAUGGAACCAUGGAAACAACAAAUUUUAUUACAUUGAUACUCCAACGCAUCAAAUUGCUGCUUAUGACUUCGAUGCUAAUAUAGGAAACAUUUCAAACAAACGGAUCGCAUUUGAUCUAGAAAAACAUAACAUCGGUGGUCAUCCUGAUGGUAUGACCAUCGAUACUAACGACAAUCUGUGGAUAGCAGUAUACGGUGGAAGACAUAUACUUAACAUCGAUCCAGUCGAAGGUAGAUUGCUUCGAGCCAUUGAAAUUCCAGCUGACAAAGUGACAAGUCUAAUGUUUGGUAGUCCUUCGAUGGAUAUCUUAUAUGUGACGACUUCUCGGUACGGCAUGACAGAUGCUGAAAUUACAACUCAGCCGAGGGCUGGCUGUGUUUUUGCAGUAAAAGGCUUGGGAGUCAAGGGUUACCCAGCAAACACAUUCACCCGAAAUGGAACAAGUUCUUAAAUUAAUAAUUAACACAUUACUGACCAUAGCAUAUAUUACUCUCGUGAAAGUUCCGCAGAGGUGAUAUUUUUUAUACAACAGGUAACUGUGACAAUAUACAUGUAUGUACAUACAUCUAUCCUAUGGAUCUGUUAAUUUAUUUCAAUUUUCUGUAAGGCAGAUUUGUAUUC